AUGGGGGAACACAUUUGCUCUGGACCUGCUCCUGCCGAGGAAUCUACGCCACCUCUUGAGUUAAAUACCACUUUGGACAGAAUGCCAUACAAUCAGCAGCCAUCUAAUGGCUUGAAUUUCUUAAAGUCUGGAAGAACAAUGCCUCCAAGGGUUGAUACAUCAGCUGCGAACCGUACUUUCUUCCAACAAGAUCAAUUAACCCCCGCGAGUAGUGCUUCUCUUUCUCGAAGUGCUUCACCAUUAACUCCUCACGAUCGACUUCGAUUACCUUUCGGAAAAUCCUCACGCGUCAACGAAUCUUCACCUAUACAAAGACCUCUUUCACCAGCUCAAUUAUCAUCGAAUCUAGACUCUGCAUUUCCUCGUUUCCCUACAUCAAAAGUGACUGGAUCACCUCAACUUAAGAGUGCAUAUGGUAGCCAGACAACUAGAUAUGAACAGGCAGAUUCAAUCAAGCCCGCUUCUUCUAAUAUCAAAUUACAAAAGAAACCCAGGGUUCCUGCGAAUGAUGCCUUUUCACAAAAAUUCGAUGCACCCGCGCCAGAACCAUUUACGACCAAUUUGAAAAAGACUUCAAGCCCCAGCGAAGAACCAAUUCAUCAGAGAAAACCUACUAUGGAACGUAAGAACGACAUAAUUUCGCCACCUUUGACUGCUGAGCAUGAGCAGAUAGACCGAACACUUUCCAGAGCAUCUGGUCAUUCUAGGACUUCAACAAAUAGUUCAAGUAGUAAUUUUCCAUUGCCACCCCGCAGUAAAGGUUGGGGUGAACUUGGGUUGUCUGGGGUAGGAGAAGAAUCUCGGGAACUUUUGCGCCCAGAAACUACAAGAUCACAAACCUUUCCCCGAAGGAAAGAGAGUUUAGACUUACAACAAUCAAGUAGAAGUAGAAACCCAUCAGUGUCAAGUAACGGUCUUGGUCGACGGGAGUCUAAUGAUAGGGGUCGAAAGGUAUCUGGCCCUGAUACUUCACGGGCAUUACCACCACGUGGUGCAAGUCUUAUUCGAGGAAGGUCAGGACACAAAGCUGGAGAACUUCCACCUUUACCAAAUAUCAACUUGGAAGCAGAAUUUGGUGCGAAUAAUCCAUAUCACUCUGCGUCUGAUUCUCAAUCAUCAAUUCAUUCAAAUCAUUCAUCUAUUUCACAAGGAAGCAAGACUAGUUCAAGAUCUAGUCCACCAUCCACAUCAGAUAAUGAUUUUCACAGGAGACAACAAUCAAACCCUAGAAUGUCAGAUCUGAUGUCUGAAAUAACUUCUUCAAUGGCAAAUAUUUCACCACAAGACAGUUACACCAGAGCAAGCGAUUUAGAGCCAGUAAAAGAACAGGAACCAUAUUCACCUUUCAAUCCCGCAUUUCAAUCUCGAGAUUACGCCACGAAUCCGAAAUCUCGUCUAUCCCCCACACCUCGUGUUCCCCCACCCGCGCCUCUUAAACCCCGCAAUCGUGAACCCUCACCUGCGCCACUCAACCCUCGAUUACGCAACAUCUCACCAGCCCCUCUAAAUAACUUCCAAAGAUCUAAUACAGCUCCACUACUCGAUCAAGAAAAACCACUACCAGAUCCUCGCCGUCCAGCUACCUCGAAAGGAAAUUGCAAAGCUUGUACCCUUCCCAUAAAAGGGAAAUCAGUCUCAUCCGCCGACGGUCGUUUAACAGGACGUUAUCAUAAACCAUGUUUCGUUUGCACAACCUGUCGAGCUCCAUUUCUCACCUCAGAAUUCUACGUCCAUAACGAUGCACCAUAUUGCGAACACCAUUACCAUCAAUUAAACAAUUCAUUAUGUCAUGGAUGUGAUAGGGGUAUCGAAGGUCAAUAUUUAGAAAGCGAGAAGAGGGAAAAAUUCCAUCCUAUGUGUCUUAAUUGUGCGGAUUGUAAAAGGAAUUUGAGACAUGAUUAUUUUGAAAUGAGUGGGAGAAUUUAUUGUGAAAGAGAUGCUUUUAGAAGAGCUCAAGAGGAACGAAAAAGAGGUCCUGGAGCGGGAUUAUUAGGUCCAGCAACGACGAAAAUGGAGAGGAGGACUACGAGAUUGAUGAUGAUGUAA